UUCGUCAUGCUCAACUGUAGACUGUCAAAAUGGUUCGCUUAUUCGCUGUGGAGAGUCAUCUACGAUCCGUCGAUAUUUCCUCCACUGAUACCGCUACCGGCACGCGAGCGACGCUUCCUCGUUCCCUUCGACUUACGCAGACAGAAGUUGCCCAUUGACAAUAUGGAAAUCCGAUUAGACAAGCUGGUUAUGCAGUGUGCGGACGAGCGGGAGCACUUCAUCAGUCGCUUCAUGUGGGGCGUAGACGCGCACUGUGUGCCCAUCCCGGAGGAAGUGUACAGCAGAGUGGCGAAGGUGCACGCGCGCUGGCAGCGCAGUCUGGCGUACCCAGCUGAAUGGCAGACCAUCCGCAAGUACCUCAGCAUGUACAGCGGAUUCCAUGCCGACGGCAGUCCACGGACGUGGGACGAUGUGGACCUCAGGAGGAUGGACGUGCGCCAACUGAGCAAGCAGGCGCUCCUCAGCAUCGACGCGGCGUUUGGCGUUCGGCCUUUUACCGGGAGUUCUGUCAGCACUGCGAACCAAUCUUAACCAUCCCCGUUUCACUACCAGCCAGCUUUAGCAUGCCAAGCUGUAAUUAUUGUUACCCUUGCCGGAAAUGGGCUACCUUGCUCGAAUAAGACUAAUUAGUGAAUUAAAUAA